GACAGCGCGGGGACAGCGAGGGGACAGCGGGGACACGGCGGGCACGGCGGGGCGACAACGGAGGCGACAGCGGCGAGCGAGGAAGGAGCCGGGGUGGCCCCACCCCCCCCCGGCCCCCCCGAGGGGCGGCGCGCAGCGGCGAUGACGUGGCGCCCCCUGGCGGCCCCCGCGGCGCACCUGGCGGGGACCCUGGCGCUGCUGCUGGGGACAGUGGCACAGGUGACAGGUGACACGCGUGUCGUUGGCGGUCACGCGUGUGUCCCGCACUCGCAGCCCUGGCAGGUGGCCGUGCUGGACAUGUACAAGCUGUACUGCGGGGGCGUGCUGGUGGCACCGCGCUGGGUGGUGACCGCCGCGCACUGCACCACGCCCGGGGUGACCACAGUGGCGCUGGGCAAGCACCGGCUGUACGCGCGCGAGGCGGGCGAGCAGCGCCGCAUGGUGGCCCGCAUGGUGGCCCACCCGGGCUACGACCCGUCCACCAAGGACAACGACAUCAUGCUGCUCAAGCUGCUGGCCCCCGCCGCCAUCUCGGCCCGCGUCCGGCCCAUCCCGGUGGCCUCGUGCCUGCCCCGGCCCGGCACCGCCUGCGUCACCUCGGGCUGGGGGGCCACCACCUCCCCCGAAGUGACGUACCCCGAGGUGCUGCAGUGUGUCAACGUCACGCUCUUCUCCCCGGCCGAGUGCCGCAGUUUCUACCCCGGCUCCAUCACCGACAACAUGAUCUGUGCCGGGCACCUGCAGGGAGGGCGGGACUCCUGCCAGGGUGACUCCGGCGGCCCCCUGGUGUGCGAGGGCACCCUGCAGGGCAUCGUCUCGUGGGGCAUGGAGCGCUGCGGGCAGCCGCGGCGCCCCGGCGUCUACACCAAGGUGUGCCGCUACGCCCGCUGGAUCCAGGACACCAUGGAGGACACCUGAGGUGGCACCCGGGGGACGCCUGAGGGACACCUGAGGUGGCAUCUGAGGGACACCUGAGGGACACCUGAGCUGGCACCUGAGGUGGCAUCUGAGGGGACAUUAAAGAUGUGCCGGGGACUCUGGGUCCGCGUGGUUCUUGUGCUCCAAAAUUGGGAAUUUUGGGGAUUUUGGGGGAUUUUGGGGUGAAUUUGUUGGAUUUUGAGGAGAUUCCGAUGGAAUUUUGGGGAAAUUUUAAGGGGAUUUUGAGGAGAUUUUGACAAAAUUUUUGGGGGAUUUUGGGAUGAAUUUGUGGGGAUUUUGGGGUGAUCCCGAGGGGAUUUUGGAGGUUCCAGGACACCAUGGAGGACACCUGGGGGACACCUGAGCUGGCACCUGAGGGACACCUGAGGGGACAUUAAAGAUGUGCCGGGGACUCUGGGUCCGCGUGGUUCGUGUGCUCCGACAUUGGGGAUUUUGGGGUGAAUUUGUUGGAUUUUGAGGAGAUUCCGAUGGAAUUUUGGGGGAAAUUUGAGGGAAUUUUGAGGAGAUUCCGAGGGAAUUUUGGGGACAUUCUGAUGGAAUUUUGGGGAAAGUUUGAGGAGAU